GAAUUAUAAUUAAUUUCAGGUGCAUGUUACGAUUAUAAUUAAAUCACGUGGUUUGUACAGUUUAUUAUCUAUCAUCAUUUUGAUAAUUAAAAUAUCGUUGACGUAGAAUGACUUUUAUUUUAUUUGUUUGGACUAUUUCGAAUCGUGGUUAAUUGUUCUUCCAUAUUUUUCAAAUACACGUCUACAAGAGUUUGUUAAGUAUUGUAUUUUUAUCAUUUAAACAUUAUAGGUUGAUGGAGUACGAUGUCAUACCUCGACGGAUUCGACGGAUCGCAAUGGAACAGCCAACUUGUUGUUUUCUCAUUUGAUCAUCGUUUAAUUAUGUUCAAGACAGCAUUCAGAGGUAUAAAAGGGAAUCGAUGUGCAGCAAACGUUUCCGGUUCAAAAGCAAAACAUUUUCACACUGUUACAACGACUAGCACUGUAAUCUGUAUGGUGAUUGUUGUCGGAACAGUAAGUUCUACAACAAAUUCGGACGGACCGUUAUUACCAUUGGCAGUGCGUAUAACGACCGGUAUGACGGGUGUUAUAUGUACGGGCCACUGUGAAAUCGCAAAAAAGCGCGUGCUGAUGGUUGGCAAGUGUCCAAUGGCACCCGCGGCGAAUCUCUUAGCUGCGAAAUCCGUGACAACUGCCAAUGGAUUGAUGAAAAUAUGGUGUACUCGGUCUCGGUGACGUGCAGUGACUCGGGGACACGUGUACAAGUACGUCUGGCGUUAGGUUAGGUUAGGUCGUCUACUGGAAACCGCUGUUCCAGCGUUACGAUUCCAAUGAAAUCUUGGUUGAAAGGUGACAUUCACAUUGAAGAUGGCCAACGCCUGGUCUUACAAAAACAACCGGUGGUUCUAUUUAGAAUUCAAUUAAUGGAUGUAACUCGAGUGUGACCAUCCGCUCCAGUCCCCGGACAAAGAAGGAGUCGCGGCCGUCCUUAUUGAAAUUCGCUUCGUCUGUGGACGACUGUCCGGCCAACACGGCCGGUCGCAACCGUAUCGGAACUGUACAUCGCACACAGCGUUCGAAUAACGAUGCCGCGGUCGUCGAAAAUGUGUCGCCCGAAAAGUUCCGGAACCUCGAAUGCGCUCGACGUAACGACUUGACCGCCGACCGAAUACCGCACGAACCAAAGGUCGUAAUGGAGUCGUAAUGAAAUCGCGAUGGAACAUUUAUCUCACGCCAAUCGACUUUGCGAUCUAGACGAGAUUUACGACGACUUGCUCAUCAAAGCCAAAUGCAAAAAUGACGUGGACCGGGACGAGCCGUGAUAUUCGGCGAAGGCGAGUGUGAUGACGGGACAUACUGAACGAAAAAACGGGGCGUACGCGCACGCGUCUACCUCAGAACGGUCGACCGCUAGACGGCCGCGGCCACGGCUGCCAGCACUUGAUUGCGGUCGUGUGUCGGCCGCCGCACUGGUCGCGCGUCUCACGCUGUUCUCGCGCGGUGAAUUUCGCGCAAGCGCUGAGCCCGAAAAAAACCUGUCCAGUCUGUCCGCGUGCUGGCCGUCGGGCUACGCUGGCGCUCAGUCCGCGGGAUCGCGAGUCGAACUACCGCGUUUGGUGUCCGCAGUUCGGUUUUCCGGCCACUUUCGCGUGUGGACGUUAGUUUUGUCGACUGGCGUACGUGGUUUGUCCUACGCGCGCGUCCACAACGGAACUCCGAUUGGUCAGUGGACGGUGUCACGUCCGGUUCGUCGUCGGUUCGUUGUUUGCGUGGCUGGCUCGCGCUUGCCGCACUGUCCGCACCAAUACAGCGUUGCAGUUGCAAGCCGCUGGCGCGUUGUUCUUGUUCUCGGCCGGAACCGCGAUCGCCGUCAACUAUACGCGUGCAAUUCUUUGAUUGUCAUCUGGCUGCUCGCCGAGUCCAAAAAACGGGAUAGCGUGGCCGUCGAAAACACGAACGCGACCUUUGUUGACCAGACGCACUCAAACCACGUGUUUUAUUUGCGAAUGUCGGCGACGUGUCAAGACUGUCGUGGGUGUUCGGACCGAUUAGCGAGAUCACCAACAGCGAUAUCGUUUGAAAACUCGGCAUGGCUUCAAGCUCCUCCCUACACGGCGCUUUCAUUUUCAUCGUUUUCGAUUGCAAUCGGAUUUCCUUGCAGAAGACAUUUGUGACUUACACACCCAUUACCGUGUCAUUAAGAACUGUUUAGGUCGUCCGAUGUUUCACCGCAGUGCCGUCGACGUACCUAUUAUUGUUAUUCGCCACUAUUGCGCGGUGUCAAGAGAAAAAUUAUUGUAAAUCGAAAAUCACUUAUUCCAUCGGGCAAUUAUAAAUUCCGCCAAUUUAUAGGAAGUCGAUUUUUGGGUCGAAUUUAAAACAUGUAAAUUCCACCGGUACGUAUUUUUGACCUGAAAACGUGUUAACUCCGCCAAUGGUUAAAUAAGUAACUACUAACUAUAGUGAUCAUUUAUUAAUUAUUAUAUACAUUUUUUUAAAUUUGUUUAAAAAAAUGAUAUAAGUAUCUAAAUUUUAA